GUAUUCCUCUGUUCUUUGACCAGUAUGACAACCUUCUACGUCUGCAGGAAAGAGGAGCUGCAAAAAUCCUUCAGUUAGCUGAAAUCAAUGGCCACACAUUUGAAUCAAGUGUUAAAGAAGUGCUUUAUAAAGACAGCUACAGACAGAACAUGCAAAGACUGUCUCGUUUACAUAGAGAUCAACCAAUAUCUCCCAUGGAGAAGGCUAUCUUCUGGGUAGAGUAUGUGAUGCGUCAUAAAGGAGCUGGACAUCUGCGCACAGAAGCAUAUAAGAUGCCAUGGUACUCCUACUACAGUAUAGAUGUACUACUCUUUUUAAUGGCUGUAGUAGCUGUGCUCUUUUUGUCUGUUUAUGCCGUUAUUAGAUUGCUUUGCUGCAGAAGAAGGAACACAAAAAUCAAACAAAACUGACUUACAUUUAUUUACGUGCUUAGCUGACUCCAAUCCACGACUAAUCUUUGUACAAAUUUGUUUGAAUUUGGUUAAUUUUUUACCACAAAUUAUUUUAUUUGAUUUUAAAUAUUUGGAUUUUCAUCAAAGUUUGCGUUGAAACAAACGUUUUUUUUUUUUUUUUUUUUUACCAAAUUUUGCUGUAUUUUUCGGAUAACUCUGUACGCACUUAAGUUGCCUGUUGGAUUGACAGCUUCAAAUAAACCUACCGUAUUUA